CUUGGAACUUGACGCCGUUGCCCAGCAUCACUUGCUUCUUCCUCCGCGCUUGUUCUCCCCGACCGCCUGGUCUUCAUCGUCAUCCUACAUACCAACCUGCUGUGACAGCUCGUCCUUGUAAUAUUCUACCUGGCAUUUGCUCCCCUAUUUUGGCACCACCCUCUUGUCCUCCUAUAACCUCACCACACGUAUUUUUAACCUUGGCCGAGUCGUUGGCCUGUUGGUUGUCCCGUCCCAAUUGUUUGCACCGUUCCCAUCCGUCUGGGUCACCCCUGUCUCCAACUGCUGCCCAUCGCCGACGACUCGAUUCGGGCCCGAUUGAAUCAAUCACCUGCAGGAAUAGCCCGCCACGGCGAAGCGGAAGAAGGGGACGAAAACCAGGAGGAAAGACGGUCAAGUCGACGGGAUAAAGCAGCCGGUAAACCGCCGCACGUGCUCGCAGCCGCACGGCCCAACUGGUUCUAGUUGAGAUCCGGGGUCCUGUAUGUCACGCAGCACCCCAGCCGUUGUCUAUUGACCCGUUGUCCAUUGGGCGCCAUCAAAUCACCACCCCAGAGUCCCCCGUCAUCGCGCUUGGCCGCCCCAACCCAUCCAUGCUAAUCAAACGCGAUUGUGCCGAUUUGAAAAGCCACCUGCGAAAGACGCUCACGCCCACGCCCCUCCCCUUUGGGCUGUCAAUAUCCGUGCCCUCGACGCUGCCGCCCUCGUGCCGAUUCGAUUUGCCGCUCGAGCCCUGACACCAUUCAGCUUCCGCUGCCGAAUCUCUCAGAUCCCAUUGACGCCUUUGCUGCCCUGCCAAACGCCCCGACCACGCCCGCGGCGACAUCAUACCGAGCCGCCGCCCAUUGAGCCCACCACUAGACGCCGCUGGCUGUAUCCGUCGCGAGCGUUGCGGCCCGGCCCGAUUCGCUUUAGCACCCCAGACACCCACCCCAGCUCGGAGGGAGCCUCCGCGUUUGAAUAAUUUCCGUCCUCCCGCUGGCCACGAUCUAGCCAAGCCUCGAACGCCCUUCCCGCAUCUCGAGCGCCCUCCCACCGGCGACGCCUCGUUGCCGGACCUGACAGCCAUGCCCACGCCAUCGUCCUCUCACACCCCCGACCCGCGUCCACACCCCUUCGCAUCGACGUGUCCCGAUGACCAGCAAGACACGCAGCCUCCGUCGCCGUCAAGCUGGCACCCCCUCCCACCACCGCCCUACAGCAACAGCACUUCGCAGAUCAUAGUCGGCCUCCCAGUGUCUACUGGGCUGCUCGCCGCCGAGUCGCCCGAAUCACUCGAGUCGCCUCAGUCUCCAGAAUCCCGCCCGACCUCAAGCAGCGAUGUGGAUGGACCCUCAUCGUCGCUCGGCCGUGAGGAGACAGCCGAGACCUCCAUGACUACUGAGGAGGAUGACGAUGCGCUCAAAGCUGCUGAACAGCUGCAAGAAGACAUGGCGAGGCUAGACGGCGCCGUCGAUGGUGAAGUCGCCAUAAGCGGUUCGGGUGCACUUUCACACCAGGACGGAGUGCUGGUCUCGCGAUCCUACGGGUCCAGCUCGAGGAGGCGGCGGGCUGCCGACGCGCCCGGCUCACUACGAGGAAGACGAAAGGCGCAAGACGAGGUCGGGGAGGAUGAUUAUAUGCUAGUCGACUGGGAAUACGACACCUCGGUAGCAGGGCACGUCUUCUCCCAAUUAAGGAUAAUUCCGACGACGCCGUCUUCAUACCUGCGCCCGGGCAGCAAGUUCUACGGGACGCAGCAGUCCGAGCGUCAAGUUUAUGAUGUACAGGUUGAGAUCAAGCACGUGGACCUGAGGGAGUCGUUUCUCUGCGGGUACCUGCGCAUCCAAGGUUUGACCGAAGACCACCCGACGCUGACGACAUACUUCGAGGGAGAGAUAAUCGGCUCCAAGUACUCCUUCAUAACCAAGAACGAGUCCUGGGGCGCUAAUGACAAGACGGACCUGACACACUGGUCCAAGUUUGCCGCCUUCCAGCCGCUGGCCAAGGCUGUGAAAAAGGGCGGCGCGGGCGCCGUCAUCAAGGAUGUUGCGCAGCGCGAGCACAUCUUUAUGCGCUGGAAGGAGCACUUCCUCGUGCCCGACCACCGUGUCCGCACUAUUAACGGCGCCAGCUUCGAAGGAUUCUACUACAUCUGCUUCAACCAGAUAAGAGGCGACGUUACCGGAAUCUACUUCCAUAGCAAGAGCGAGAAGUUCCAGCAGCUCGAGCUCAAACACGUAGAAGACAGGGGUUGCUACGGUGCCCUGGAAUUCCGGUAAUGCGGCGGUGGAUGUUUGUCCACAAACACACAGCACGACGACUGCGAUCAUGGGCUAGGCGACACAAAGGCCACCUCUCACGAGAGGGGUGGGAGAUGAUGUACGAGACAUUCGCCGCCACUUGCUGCCUAGGUUCAGGGCCAAUGGGGACACACUUUGGAGACCUCCUGGGGCGAUUCGAUUCAUGGGGCGCUCGGAGUCGUAAGAUGGGCCCUGGCUGUCCGUGGCGCUCCCAUGGUUGCGCUGGGCCAUGUACAUGCCAUGCGAGAUGAUGACGGCAUGAAGGAACGGAUGCUGGCCGGAGGCUGUAGCAUUGGAUAUACACGGGGAUCAGAACGGCAACAACAGCACAUUUCGGGUCUUUCUUUUCUUUACGUGUGAGUGUUCCACGAGCGGUUGGUUGUGUUGGCUUCGCCGCCCUCCCGUCGGCCCCUUUCCUCACUGCUGGCAUUGGGAGCUUCCAUCUCAUUUUACUCUUUCAAUCAUUAAAGCCAGGCCUAGGCUGGUUCCGUUUGGUCUUUUUUUUUUUUUUUGGAGGUACAUAGCAUUGGGAGGUCUUACAGCAACAUGGAAUUCUUAUAUGGGACGCCUGGAUAUCUUUUCACAAAACCGGGCGGGCGCUGGAGCUGCUCUCGCACCAUUUGUUGGGCUUGCCGAAGCCGGUGGUGAGCUUUCUGUGAGGCGUUCUCCCCUGUUCUUCGUUUAUUUUAUUUGGGUUGUCUUUUUUUCCUAAUGGGUGGCUGACGGUGUCCGCUCGAUGUCGUCAGUCUUGAACUUUGUAAAGUAGCCUCUCCUGAACGGGUUCAGCUCGUCCGCCGUCCUGCCCUCGCUCUCUCUGGCCGCGCGCCUCUCCAAGGCCUCACACAGCGCCACGGCAUCUACCAGAUCGUCUGGUAUCCUGCGGUAUGCAAUCAAGCGUCUCGACCCUAAAUAGAAAGCGGGAUACCUUGCAUUAGAACAUGUCCUUCCGAAUAGCGCUUCGAUAGGAGAAAACACUCGUCGGCGUAGACCCGGCAAGUUAAGCACUCUGGCCAAGGUUGUUGCUUUAAAGGUGUGUUGGG